AUGCUCAUUCGCGCAGCUCAUGCUCAUGCGCGCAGCUCAUGCGCGCUACCAGCCGCCCGUUCGCCCCAAGCCCGUGCUGAGCGCCAAAGGCCCUCGUCGCGCACGUGGCUUCCCACACCACAGCGCUGCCGCGAGGCCCUGAUAGGGUUCUCCUCUCCCUUCUCCCUGCCCCUCUCUCCUUUUCCCUGCCCCUCUCCUCCCCUUCCUCCUUCCCCCGCUUCUCUCCCCCUCUCCCAUACGGCCAUCCCCUCAGGAGGCGCACUGGCAGCAGCACGAGCAGUAGGGGCGUCCCACUGGCGGCGGCACGAGCAGGGGGGCGAGUGCGCCCGCUUUUCACUGCAGCUGCAGAAAGCACCGGCUGUGCUCGACCUGCCCUUUCCUUUCCUGCACGAUUCUGUCAUCCAGGUGGAGCAGGGCCGGCACACCGUGUGCUCCUUCCUCUCCUCCCGCCACCUGCAUGCCUGCGGUCCCUACGCUGCCCUCUGUGGCUGCGCUUCCGCUCCUGAGCUUGUACCCGCCACUGACCAGGGCCAGCUUGCUGCACUCUCGCCCAGCAGCCCAUCAGCCCCUUCCGCCGCCCGUGCUGCACCUGCACCCCCAACGUCUCCCUCUCUUUCUUCACGCGUGCACCCCACACUGCCCCCUUCCAUCCCGCCUCCCCCCUCCUCCCCGCUCGCCUGGAGCGACUACUACCUCUGGAGGGGCCUUCCCCUCCACUCGCCCGCUGCACUGCUGCUGCACACGGGUGUGAGCGACUCGUCAUCCCCCUCGCCCUCCCCCUGCUCCUCCACCCGUUGCGAUUCAACUCAAAAGUCACCCUCUCACCCAUCUACCCCCUUUCCCCCCCCAAACACCCCACCGCUGCUCACCAUCCUCCUCGCCCUCCACCUGCUCCUCCAGCCCGCCCCACCCCCUCCUCCUGCCCUCCCUGCCACCACUCUUGCCCCGGACCCGGACCACACGCCCUCUCACACUGCAGCUGGGAGGGAGCGGAGGGAGGGGCGUGAGGGACAAGAGGGACAAGAGGGACAGGAGGGACAGGAGGGACAGGUGCAGCGUACACGUACAGAGGGGCAGCGGCACCAUCAAUGCCCGAGUUGUGGGCUGAUCAAGCGUUCUUCCCUCUGCAUCCACGUGGUUGGGGCAGACAGGGAGGCUCAAGAACCAGCCGCACUGGCAGAGCUGCUAGUGCUCUUGCCCGGAGUGGACACGUGUCUUCACCUUAUUGGCCCCAACAUACCCGCACACAUGUUCACUCCUUGCGCCAUGCACCCGUAUGCCCUGCGUGUUUGCUCCACGUGCCACCCAUCUCCUUGCCUUAACUCCUCAUCCUCACAUCCUCUGCCAUCCCCACUGCCCUCACACCACACCUCCCCACUGCCCUCACACUACACCUCCCCACUGCCCCCGCACUACACCUCCCCACUGCCCCCGCCGCACCACACCCUCAGGCACGGCAAGCGAAUACUCCUUCAGCAUCCUCCCGACUUUGAGCCCCGCGAGCCACAACCAGCCGAGCCACAACCUGCCGAACCACAACCAGCCGAGCCACAACCUGCCGAACCACAACCAGCCGAGCCACAACCUGCCGAACCACAACCAGCCGAGCCACAACCUGCCGAACCACAACCAGCCGAGCCACAACCUGCCGAACCACAACCAGCCGAGCCACAACCUGCCGAACCACAACCAGCCGAGCCACAACCUGCCGAACCACAACCAGCCGAGCCACAACCUGCCGAACCACAACCAGCCGAGCCACAACCUGCCGAACCACAACUUACCGGGCCACAACCACCAGAAACAGCAGGAGGGGCAGCAGGCGUGGCAGUGCACUUCCACCGCGGCCUCUACCACCACGUGCUGCCCUCCCUUGCCUGCUCGCCACUCACCACCGCCCCCACUUCCGCGCUUGCCACUCCACCCAUCACUGUUGCAAUGCGCCCUUGCAGCCCUUGCACCUCACUACGCCGCCCUCACCACCCGACCUCUCUCCCUCACAGCGACCAGCCCCAGCAGCGUUCGCAUCUCCCCCAGUCAUCCCAUCAGCAGCACCGGUCCUGCCACUGCCCCACGCUGCUGUUCCUUCCCAAUGCGGGCCUGCCUGCCUUCCCCUCCUGGCGAGACACGCUGGUCCCCAUACUGCAGCACGGGCUGCCAGCAUUCAUCACGGACUUCAGCCACGAGGCAGCAGAGAGGGCCCGCGAGGCGCUUUGCUCGCUUGCUGCUGAGGUGCAGCAAGGUGGUGGCACGGGAGGGGCAGCGGCGGCCUCUGGUGGUGCUGUGCUGCAGCCUGUCGUCAGCGAGGUAGGAUGCUUCAGGGGAGAUUAUUUUUAG